GGAGUCAUCGGAAGGGAAGACCACUGUGGCGGAAAGGAACCACGAUAGGCUCAUAAGCAGAGCAUGGCAGGCGAGGAGAGGGAGGCUAGAUCUAGAUACAGCGACCGCCGCGCUGUCUCCCCAAGCCUUCGGUCCAGCGAGUACAACUUGCAGCAGGCUAUGGCAGAGAUGACGGGGUCUGGUGGCCAGGAGCGGCUUGCUGGAGGUGAAGAAGUGCUGGGACAGUCACUCCGAGGCGAAGGCAAUCCGACGAAACCGUUCCGGCGUCCUGCCCUGAGGGUGGACACCCGUUUGACGUCAUGGUUAUCCGGGGGUUCAAACUCGGCCGGGCCAGUGGCGACGGAUUCGUUGCCCAUCUCCCCGUUCCCGGGGUUUUACCCGUCGGGAUCUGCUGCUGCGGGCGGUACCGGCGGCACCGCGCAGACCGGGGGAGGCGCGCUUGACGCGGAGGAUGCUCUCCGUCAGAAAAUGUUGACUCCGGUCUUCUUCUCGACCGGCGGAUACCCAUCGCUGACGACGACCGCCGCCAUAGCCGCCGAUGCGGCCGACUCGACGCGCAGAUUGGCCACCGUAGCUGCAGCGGAAGACGACUUGGCGCGCAGCUCCGCUGCUGCCGGCGGCUCCUCAUCAAUGAGGGCGGGGACGCUGUCCGGUGCUUCGUCUCCCCGCUCACCCGGCGAGCUGCUGCGGCUGGGGUCAACGUUUUCUUUCUCUCCUCCUCCUCCUCUUCCUCCUCCUCGUUCUGGAGGUCUGCCUCUCCUUUCCCCUGUUCCGAGCCAGGUUCCGACCCAGGCCAGCAGCAGCAGACGAGCGGCGGAGUUCCCCCAUGAGCUCUUUUCCUCGGGGACUGCCACGUCAUCUCCUCGUGCGGUUUUGUGGGGACCACCACCAGCCGGCGAACCGUACUCAAGGGCGGGGACGACCUUCGUGGAGAGGGAGGCACCCUCUGUGGGCGGGGGCGGUGGCGGGGGGCUGACCAGCAAUGCUUAUUAUGGUGGCGGCGGAGAGAGUGGCAAUUACGCCCCCUCAUUAGGAGCAGCGCAAUCUGCCGAGCAUCAUCGCCGCCGUCACCGCGAAGGAUUGACUGUGAAGUGGGAAGAUUCAGGUCCCGACGGCCGAGGUCCUUUCCAACGGGAUAGCAGCAGCAUGUCAAGAGGAGGGGGGGAUGGAGGCGGAGCAGGCGGCGGCGGUCGAGAAGCGGGGGCGAGUGGCCGGUGGAGCUCGACGCAUGUGGGGCUGAUUGGUUCCGCGCGCGGAGAUUGGGGGGGGAUGAGAGUGUCGCCUACGCGCUCAGGGGACGAGCUUGGGGCAGGAGGCGGAGGAGGGAGGAUGGUGGAGUGGGAGGAGAACGUACGCACAGGGAGGCGCUCGAGCGCAAGGCUGAUGAUGGAUCCGUCGUCGGGAUCACCUUCGCGUAGGGGAUUCGCGGAAUACCGGCGCGGCGGCGGCGGCGGCAGUCUGGGAGGGAGUUUAGCAGGAACGGAUGAGGAGGAGGAGGAGGAGGAGGAGGAGGAGGAGGAGGAGGAAGGAAAGGGAGAGGAAGGGGAGGACGAUGAUGAAGAGGGAGGGGAGGGUAGAUGGCGUCUGGAGAAUGUUGUGUGGUCUUCGCGGGCUCAGGCGCGGCGGCGCGCUUUGCAGCAGCGGGGCGUCGAGAGCGGGGGGGCCACGGGGGGAGGGGACGAGAGCUCCGACGGAGAACAAAGUGCGAGAAGAGAGACUGUGGGUAGGGGAGGAGAGAGGGAGGCGAGAGCCAGCAGCAGGCCUCGUCGGCCUCCUAGGAGUCCGUUAAGCAGAGCGCAGCAGGCGGAAACGACGACGUCGGGGGAGUUGGGCGGCGGCUUAGGCCCCGUCAGCAGCGCCCGCGUGUCAGCGGCGGAAGACAGCAGCGAUUCCGACGCCGCCAUUGAGCCUGCACAAAGGCGGGCGAAGCGGCGCGCAAGGCCAUCCUUUCCGACGGCCAGCGUCGGAGCCGCGGCGGCGGUGGUGAAGUCCGCUGGCGCCAGUUUCACAUCUCUCAAGGAUCUGGAUCUCGACCAAGACGUCUUCACGGCCAGCGAUUCCUGCCCGCGCGAUGAGGAGACGGGCAUGGCAGCUGGAAGGGGGGGAGGAGGUGGAGGCAGAGGAGAAGAAGAAGCGGGAGGAGGAGGAGGAGGACGAGGACGAGGACGAGGAGGACGAGGAGGAGGAAGAGAACGCGAUCAUUUCGAGUUCAUGAGGCUAAAGCGAGUGACCAGCAGAUUGCGCCGUAUCACUACCAUGGCCCCGCACCUCUCACCUGGUCAACGAUUUGCCAGGAGCCUGGGGAAACGGGUUCAAUGGAUCGCUUCGGCUCUCGGACUGGGGGAAGACGAGGAAGAUGAGGCGGUCAGAGCGGCGGCCAUAUCGGCGGCGCUUCAUUACCGCGUGCCCAAAGCGGUUUAUGUAGGAAGGAGCCCUCGUGCGGAUGACCACCUCUACAAGGGAAGAUCUGAUGAUGAUGAUGACGACGGAAUGGAAGAUGAGGACAAAGAGGAAGAACUCGAAGAGCACACACCGCACCGACUUCCAGCAGAAGUUUUCCAAGUUACAUCUGCAGCCAAGCUUUCUAGUCCAUCCUUCUACGAACGCCAGGAGUCUAUGGAGAAUCCUCCAGUUGUUUUGUUCAAAGGGGGGGAGUAUGUGCAUGUUCCAGGCACUUAUCCAACCAAUGAUGAGAUGGAUGAUGACGAGGAGGAAAUUGUGCACAAAGGAAGACCCGGUGGACUAAGCGAUUGGGCGGUUACUGUGGGCUUUCUGAUUGCAAUGAUGGGUGGUGGGAUGUUGGUGAUGCCAUGGGUGCUGUCACAGAGCGGGCUUUGGGAAGGAAGCAUUGUGACAAUUCUGACAGCGAUGUUCAGUGCCUACACAUGUGUCAAAUUGUUGAAGCAUGGGAAAGUGUACUCGUCAGUUCUUCAAUCUGGAUACGGGAGGGAGUGCCAUGACAUUGGUGACCUAGCUGGUGCUGUACUAGGCAUUCACGUGGCUCGAUUUGUUCAUGUCGUCCUAUGUGGUCUUCUACUAGGCAUCGCUAUCACCUACGGUUUGAUCAUGGUCGGAUCCAUCGAGGCGCUGAUCGAAGGCUGUCUGAAGUUAAUGGCUAUAGGUAGCCAUCGCCAGCACGUACCUGCGGGGACGAUAACGCCUGAACCUGUUGUGCAGCGACUGUCAGGAUCGAACAUUCUUGAGCUGUGCUUAUCUGUACUCUGCAGCAAUGCCACAGGAAGCGGAGGAGGAGCAAGCGGAGGAGGUGAGGGGGGCUUUCAUGUCCAGAACUGGAGUGGCCUUGGCGCAGCGAUUAAGGUCUGUGCGAACGAUGGGUUGGGAUUGUCAUUAAGGCGGAUGGCCAGUGCGAUGGGUUUGCCUAAGCACGGAAACGGUCUGUACAUGAUGAAGGUGGUCGCAGUUGCAGUGAGUGCUUUUAUCACCAUUCCGCUCGCAUGCCUACGCGAUGCAGGGUGGCUGGCAAAAGGCAAUAGCUUGGCCCUAGCCUGCUUGCUGUAUUUGUACAUGUUUAUUUUUUCUCAGGGGGUGCUGAAAGGGUUUCGCGGGCCGUCGGAAAUGCUGGAUGAGAGUUGGGACACCGGUGAUGGGCACUGGGGUCAUGGGGCGUUCCGGUCUGCAGCUGUUCUCAUCCCCAUCUUUUUCACGCAUCAUGCUGUUCUUCCGUUGCACCAGGUGGCAAAGAACCAGCAUCACACGAAGAAGAAUGUCGGUCUUGCGUAUGCUCUUGCACUGUUUGUAUUCCUGUCUGCCGGAAUUCUGGGGGCAUACUCAAGACACCAGAAGGAUGGGCAACGUUCGCCGCAGUCGUCAACGCGGAGUGACCAAGUCACGGUCGCAAUGAACUACCUCGACUCCUUCAACCCUGCGCUGGUUAUCCCGAUGUCAGUACGUCUGGCCACAUUCUUCCUUGGAGCAGUUUCUCUUCCAUCUCUGCUGUCCAUGAUUCGCAUACAGGUCUUUGGGAUUGCCUUGAAGAAAGAGUACCCAAGUGUUUUCUUGGUAUUCCUCCUAAACCUGGCCAUAUUUGGGUUGAUUACUACGGCUGUCUAUUUUGAGCUCGGCAUUGCGGAUGUGCUUGGCCUUGUGGGAUCAUGCUGCGGAUCAUUUCUGGUGUUCAUCCUGCCUGCGAUCAUCGACAUGCGCUUCUCUGCACUGCGGGAGGUUGGGGAAAGGAAUCUGGCGCCUUACAUCAUCGACUGCGUGGUCAUCAUAUUCGGCAGUACAACAUUUGUCGGGUACGUUGUGCGGCUGAUCGCACAGCACAUGUAGCAACACAAGUUGUACACAACACUUACUUCGCGAGUGCGUCGUUACUUCAGCAUGGACAUUCAUUCCUCUGGCAAAGACUGUGCACACUACACAUGCAUUCAUCUGUGUUUUUUUCAAAAAAUUGAAUCCAUUUUUUGGGCAUUUUAUCAUUUAAUAUGUGCCAGUCGACAGAAGAAAUAAGAUUUCAAAUGUGCAACAUCAGCAGGGAUCACCUUCACAUUGGUUGUCAAGAAACCGUUUUUUUUCUUUUUCCGUUUCUAACAUUUGAGUUUUUAAUCGAGUUCCGAAUCCUUUUUCUUUGCAGCUAGAGAGAGAGAGAGAGAGAGAGAGAGAGAGAGAGAGAGAGAGAGGGAGAGAGAAAUCUUGGCAGUCGGUAUCUUUCAUAGACGGUAAGAGGUGUAAUGUCUCAGCAUCGACAUACUUCGUGUGCGUGGCUACGGUGGCUUGGGUGCGUAAAGGACCGGGCCUGGGUUCCUUCGCUGCUUCAGCGUAGACGCCCACGGUGGAAAUGCAAUUUAAUGCAUUGAUUUGUUUUUUCAAAAAAAUUCAAUCCAUUUUAUCGUUUAAUACGAGGCAUUCGACGGAACGCAUAAGAAUUUGGCGGUCAAAAAUUCUCAGAAUCCUUUCGUAGAAAGUAGAGGUGUAAGGUCCCAUUGACGCGGGAGAAGGUGCCGCCUGUGUGGAGGCCCUGGAGGGACAGGGUAGCAUAGCAGGCAAGUGCAAGCUUGCAUGUUUGUUGUUCUGUACGUCAAUUGCGAUUGCCAUGAUAUAUGAUGAGUUUCAUUCUCCUUUUUCUGUAGGUGAAAGAAGAAGUAUAGAGGUGGAGAGCCCCGAGGGACUCGCAAGAUACAGGUAUUGCUCACAAUCUCAUACAUGCUAGGUAAGAUACUUAGUGCGAAAGUGUCAUAGCCUCCAACAGUGGUAUACACGUAGGCUCCAGGAAAGAACCGGUUUCCGGUUUCCGGUUUCGGGUUUCCGGUUUCGGGUUUCCAGUUUCCGGUUUCCGGUUUCGGGUUUUCGGUUCGGGUUUCAGGUUUCCGGUUUCAGGUUUCCGGUUUCGGGUUUCGGCUUUCGGCUUUCCGGUUUCGGGUUUCCGGUUUCGGGUUUCGGGUUUCCGGUUUCCGGUUUCGGGUUUCGGGUUUCGGGUUUCCAGUUUCCGGUUUCGGGUUUCGGGUUUCCAGUUUCCGGUUUCGGGUUUAUUGUAUAUAAAUGCAUAUACGUGAGCACAUUUGGAUGAUGUAGAUCUUCGGCUCAACAACAUUAGAGAGCAGAGAGCAAGGAAUUAUGGUGACAAUCUAUGUCAUAGCUGGGGAGGGAAAGGGUAGAACAUAUCAGGCAAGUGUAAGCUUACCUGAUUGGAGGAGUAGAGCAGUAGCAGGCAAGUCCAAGCUUACCUGUUUGGAGAGGUAGAGCAUAACAGCCAAGUGCAAGCUUUACGUGUUUGUUCUCUAUGUCAACGCACAUUGCCACGUUUUGGGAAUGUCAGUCUCCAUUUUCUGUACGUGAAGACAUAAGUAUAGCGAUAUAGAGGCUCUGGAGAGCCCCAAGCGGGCUGCCAGGAUGCAGGUGGUAUAUUAAGAUCCGUCCAAGGGGCCGGCCAGAUGCAGGUGAUAUUAAGAAUGUAACCCAUGGUAGGCAGCCUUUUAGGGUAAAAGCCUCAUAGCAUUGCAAUAAGGGUAUAUACAUAUGGACUCCAGGAAGGGGUUCCAGGUUCAGGGUUUAGGGUUUAGGGUUUAGGGUCCAGGAUUUAGGGUUUAUGGUUUAGGGUCUGGUUAGGGUUUAGGGGGGUAAGGGGUUAGGGUUUAUCUAGGGUUUAGGGUUUAGGGUCUAGGAUUUAGAGUUUAGGGCUUAGGGUCUGGUUAGGGUUUAGGGGGGUUAGGGGUUAGGGGUUAGGGUAAAGCAAUUGUGUUGACAAUCAUAGAAGGACACGUGGGCACUGUCACACUGCUAAAAAGAAGCAGAUCCAGGUUAAGGAUUUAGGGUUUAUGA